CUUGGGGUAUGGGUGCGUCUGCGUUUGGGUGAGAGAGAAAGAUAUACAAAGAGGAGAAAACCGUUGAUCAUUCAGAGUAGGCCUAAAACCUCGCACGUAGUCAUUUUAUGAUCGGGACCCCGAGUGUACAGAGUCAUCUCGUUUCAUUCCUAUUUAGGGAUUCGAUCGAGACUCAUCAACCACAAUAUUCUGGUCGAAUUGUAGAAAAUUAAAGGGGAUUGCAACCUAUCACUAUGGCGCAGGACAGGUUUGUUUUGAUUGGAAUGUUGGUCUGCUCUCUGGGUGUGGUCAGCAUCGCAGCCUUGGUUCUCGGUAUCGUCAGCAUCACUUCCCUUCAAGGCAUGCAAGGAGGGUCUACCAACGAUCCACAGUCGAUUAACAUCUAUACACAGCCAUCAACAGGAAGCAGCCCCGAUAGCGAUGCUGAUGAUGAUAAAAUUUGGACGUUCGCCAUUAGUCAUUAUGAUGACAAAAGAGCAUAUCUGGAUAAGACAACACACACCAUCAAGGGAUUUACUCCGGAUAUCGUUGAGGCUGUGUGCGAGAUAGCGAACAAGAAUUGUGUAACGGUGUAUGACAUCUCCGUGAACUGUUGGGACACCAAGGCCGGUGACCGACCCAGGGGCGGCAAGGGUAUCAUGAGCGGAUGGUACGAUGGCUGUUUAGAAUGGGUCCAAACGUAUGAUCGACUUCUGACCUUCACAUUCACCGCGCCAUGGACCAAAGGGGGUAUUGUUGGCCUCUUUGCGAGGAAUGACAGCUCCGUGACGUAUGAUGAUUUGACCAAUCAGAAAGUUGGAUUUAUAGAUGGGUGGAACUCGGACGAAUCCUGUCUCGCCCGCUACACAAACAUUCUGGGUUCCACACUUCGUCCCGAUCAAGUUUCUUAUUUUGAAACUGCCGAUCUCCUAGCAGCCGCAGUACAAAAUGGAGUAGUUGAUGUGGCGUUUGGUGAAGUUCUUGGAACUUUCACCUCCUCAUUGAAACGCAUCUCACCACUGGACUUCGAGAAUUAUUGUAGAGCUGCUGGAGGGUCAGUUAUGACACGAAAGGUUAACACCGAUUUGGUCAAUUGGUGGAACGCAGCAUUCAAACUACUCAAUGACAGAGGGCGCUAUAACGAAAUCUGCGACUCCGUCAAUGAACGCCAUGGUCAUAUUCCCAGUGGCGAUUACCGAGAAUUCUGCAUCGGAUACUAGUGAGCUUCCAGAGCCGAUUCGUCUAUUAAUACUCAUAAAGUGACUAUUUUCAAAUGCAGAUGUCAAAGAGUGAGGGAGAGGUGGAGGGGUAUGUGAAA